AUGCCGUACAACACCAGUGCUAUUCCUCCGCGCAAGGAGCCCACGGGACAAACCCAACUCCCAUUAUCGCGCGUCAAGAAAAUCAUCAACCAGGACUCCGACAUAGCCAUGUGUUCCAACAAUGCCGCCUUUGUCAUCACUCUCGCAGCGGAAAUGUUCAUUCAGCAUCUCGCAGAGGAAGCCAACACGCAGGCAAAACUGGAGCGGAAGCCUCGCCGCAACAUCCAAUACAAGGACGUCGCCAACGCCGUGUCAACCCACGACAGGCUUGAAUUCCUGGAAGACGUGGUCCCCAAAACAGCCCCCUAUAAGAAGGUCAAGGUCACCGCGUUGGCAACGCAGGCCCGUCUAAGGGGAGAUCUCAAAAUCCCCGAGGAGCGGCCAGAGUCCUCCCCGCAAGUCUCCGCCACAACCAACGGGGGAGGAGGGAAUCCGAUUGUCAACGGCAGUGUCUCGUCGGGGGGUGCUUUUACAGUCCCUCUGAGGAAUGACGACAGACAAAGUGGUGACGAUCCGAAUGAGCAGUUGGAGAUGGAAAUGAGACAGGCUACAGGGAGAGAUGGGGAUGUACGCAUGACGGGUUAA